UUGUUGCCGCAGAGCCCCGCCCCCGGCAGGGGCCCUCUGCGGACGGGCCGGGGUCAUGGGUUGUUGAGGCGCUGCCCAGGAGCCGACCCCGGCGGCUGCGGCGUCCCGGUGGCCAGCGGCCGGCAGCAGCGCCCCGAGGGCGAGCAGAGCGCGCGGCGCCGCGGGCCGCCCACCCGGGAAGAUGCUGCUGUCGCUGGUGCUCCAUUCGUACUCGAUGCGCUACCUGCUGCCGGGUGUCGUGCUGCUGGGCACGGCGCCCACCUACGUGCUGGCCUGGGGGUUCCUGCGGCUGGUGUCCGCCUUGCUGCCCGCACGCUUCUACCAGCGGAUGGACGACCGGCUCUACUGCGUCUAUCAGAGCAUGGUGCUCUUCUUCUUCGAGAACUACACCGGGGUGCAGAUAAUCCUAUAUGGAGAUUUGCCAAAAAAUAAAGAAAAUAUAAUAUAUUUAGCAAAUCAUCGAAGCACAGUUGACUGGAUCAUUGCUGAUAUGUUGGCCAUCAGGCAGAAUGCUCUUGGACAUGUGCGGUACGUGCUCAAAGAUGGCUUGAAAUGGCUUCCACUGUACGGGUGCUACUUGUCUCAGCAUGGAGGAAUCUAUGUAAAGCGAAGUGCCAAAUUCAACGAGAAAGAGAUGAGAAGCAAGCUGCAGAGCCACGUGGCCGCAGGAACUCCAAUGUAUCUUGUGAUAUUUCCAGAGGGAACAAGAUAUAAUCCAGAGCAAAGUGAAGUCCUUUUGGCUAGUCAGACAUUUGCUGCUCAGCAAGGUCUCCCAGCAUUAAAGCAUGUGCUAACACCAAGAAUAAAGGCAACUCAUAUCGCUUUUGAUUCUCUGAAGAAUUACUUAGAUGCAAUUUAUGAUGUUACAGUGGUUUAUGAGGGCAAAACUGAUAAAGGGCAGCGGAAAGAGUCGCCCUCCAUGACUGAAUUCCUCUGCAAGGAAUGCCCAACAAUUCAUAUACACAUAGAUCGUAUAGACAAAAAGGAUGUCCCAGGAGGAGAGGCGUGCAUGAAAAGGUGGCUCCAGGAGCGUUUUGAGAUCAAAGAUAAGUUGCUUUUAGAAUUUUAUGAUUCGCCAGAUCCUGAAAGAAGAGACAGAUUUCCUGGGAAGAGUGUUCAUUCCAAAUUAAGUCUCAAGAAGACUUUGCCAUCAGUGUUGGUCUUGAGUGGUUUGACUGUUGGCAUGCUUGUGAGCGAGACUGGGCGGAAGCUGUAUGUCAACACGUGGAUAUACGGAACCCUGCUUGGCUUCCUCUUGGUGGUUAUCAAAGCCUGAACAGGUAGCUGUCUCCUGUCUGCGUGGCUGCACACAGUACCAAGUUGUUUCCUGAAUUUACC